AUGGCGUUGUCAGAAAGGAAAGGGAGCUUUACUCGAGAGGAGGAUGAACGCUUAACAGUAGCAGUCAUGCUUUUUGGACGGAAAUGGAUUCAAGUAGCUAAAUUUGUUCCUGGAAGGACCCAAUCUCAGUGUAGGGACAGAUACCUCAAUAGUUUGGACCCUUCUUUGAAAUGGGGUGGAUGGACUAAGGAAGAGGAUUUAAGAUUAGAAGCUGCAAUUGUCAAGCAUAGAUUCUGCUGGUCUAAGGUUGCUGAAGAUGUGCCUCCUCGCACUGAUUCUCAAUGCCGGAAGAGAUGGAAGGUGUUAUUUCCUGAUCAAGUUCCUUUGCUUCAAGAGGCAAGAAAGACUCUAAAGUCUUAUCUUGCUAGUAAAUUUGCUGCUAUGUCAUUUCUUUUUCUCUAG